UAGUGCUAUACCUAAUGUAGGUAGGUAUAUUAUAUUUUUAUUUUAAUCCCGCUGGUUCAAACAGAAAACUCACCAUGGACGUAAGAAAUAGGUAAUACAUCAACUACAUACCCCUAUAAAAACUAUUUACGAUGGGACAGUGACACAAUCUAGAAGAAGACAAAAUAAGUGAUAAAAUUGACAAUGUUUUAGAUUUUUAUAUGAGGAAAGUGAGCUAAUAAUAAGAUUGACUGGAUAAUAAUAAGAUAAUAUUAUGAAUGGAGAAAGCAAUUCUAGAUUAAGUAGAACAUCAGAAAAAAUAUCAAUCGCCUCCAUUGCAUCUGCUAGUACGAGUAGCUCACCAGACGUGGACGUUGAAGAUGUCGAAACCUCGACGCGGUCGACAAUUUUCGGAAAAUUCAUUGGAAAUACAUAUCCCAUCCUACCCUGGUUCCUCACGAUCACUUAGUAUCGGGCCUGCCCAAUCUUCAGAAACAAUUCCUGAAGAAGAUCCCAUUUUACAGAAAACCAUUGAAUUCAUACACCAAGACCAGGAAUUUCUUAUAGCAGCUGAAAUCGGGAAUGAUAGACUUUUGGAAAUUUAUAUAAGGAGAGGCACCGAUGUUCAACAAAUCGAUUACCUUGGCCGAAAUGCUCUGCAUUUAGCUGUUUGUUCGAAUAAUAUUCGAGCUGUUCAAGUUCUUUUAGAUGCUGGAGUAGAUCCAAACAUAAAAGAUAAAGUUGGGAUGACUCCACUUUCACUUUCACUAAUGAGAAGACCGUCAUUUACCGUAGCACAACUUCUCUUUGACCACGGUGCCAGACUUAUGCCUAGAUCUGAUCCUAUGGACACUGGUCUUUUUAUUCAAUUUGUAAUGAUGUGUGUACCAACGGAAGAAGAAAGCAGAAUACUCAAACUUCUUAUAGAUAACGGAGCUACUGUAAAUGAUUCUCAUGCUCCUGGUGGUCGACAGGCCCUUCAUUUUGCAGCUAUGAGCAACAAUACAACAUUGAUUCGUAUACUCGUAUCACUUGGUGCUGAUUUGUAUAUGAGGAAUCACAGGGACGAAACGCCGAGAGACGUGGCAGAAACGUUUGGGUGUAAUGCAGCAUACGAGUUUUUGUGUGAGUUAGAGGAAGAUGACUCUACAUCUUCGUGUAACGAAACUAAUAUAUAA